GACAUAUUCGGAUCCUCAGACUCCCGUAGAAAACCCACUUCUUCCAAUUCUCCAUCGUCAUCACCCAAUCACACUCCAAUUCCGGAUCCGACCCGCAUAGUAUGCAUAGAACCCGAUCCGAACAUCCCUUUCUGGCAACGGACCUGGUUCCUGCUCCUGCUCCUCGUCAUGGGUGCGAAAAAACCCUUGCUUUUCAUCAUCUCGCUCUUCCCUCUCUCUAUCCUCGCCGUAAUCUGGUUCUCUCCCUCUUCUCCGUUCUCCGAACCAUCGCUUUCCGUUUCAUCUCCAAUGUCCGGGAAAAAGGAUAUAUGGAGUGUUCGAAGAAUUAUGGAGUGGCGGCCUUGCAAAUGGUGGCUUGAUGGACAUUUAACUGCUCUGCCAGCAGAGAGUAAUGGGUACAUUCAAUUAGAUUGCUAUGGCGGGCUUAAUCAAAUGAGAAGGGAUUUUUGUGAUGGUGUUGGCAUAGCACGUUUGCUGAAUGCAACUCUUGUUUUGCCAAAGUUCGAAGUGGCUGCAUACUGGAAUGAAUCAAGUGGUUUUGCAGAUGUAUUUGAUGUGGAUUACUUAAUACAACAGAUGAAUGGCUUUGUUAAAGUUGUCGAAGAAUUGCCAGCAGAGAUUGCAUCGAAAGAACCAGUCCAAGUGGAUUGCAGCAAACGUAAAGGCCAAUUUGAUUAUGCGGAAAGUGUCCUCCCUUCUCUACUGAAGCAUCAUUAUAUUUCACUCACCCCAGCAAUGAGCCAAAGGAGAGAUAGAUAUCCUCUACAUGCAAAGGCUGCUCUUUGUCAAACUUGUUACAAUGCGUUACGCCUUACCAAAGCCUUGGAAAAUAAAGGCUCCAAACUCCUUCAAGCCAUACCAAAACCCUUUCUCUCACUUCACCUUCGUUUUGAACCUGACAUGGUGGCCUACAGUCAAUGCGAGUAUUCUGGCCUUUCUUCUUCCUCCAUGGAAGCCAUAGAAGCUUCACGGGGAGAUCGAAAACCCUGGACAGGAGAAUCCGCCCGUGUUUGGCGUAACUGUGGAAAAUGCCCCCUCACUCCUAAAGAGACUGCUUUCAUCCUUCAAUCUCUGUCCAUCCCAACAAACACAAAUAUUUAUUUGGCAGCUGGUGAUGGCCUUAUGGAGCUGGAAGGGUUAACUUCUGUCUACACAAACAUUUCCACAAAAGCUACCUUUCUUAGUGGCGAGGAAUUUGCAAGCAUGCAUGGGAACACAAAAGCUGCACUGGAUUACUAUGUAUCUAUCAAUAGCGAUUCGUAUAUUGCUACGUACUUUGGGAACAUGGAUAAAAUGGUUGCGGCAAUGCGGGCUUUUAAGGGGUUGUUUAAGACACUUUUGUUGACCAGGAGGGCUUUUGCAGGAUUCACGUCUCAGGGUUUGCAAGGGAACGAGUUGAGAGAAGCCCUUUGGAAGGUGCAUAGAGAUGAUUUUGUGCUGGGUAGAGGGUCUGCUUUGCCAGAUUGCUUUUGUGAGUUCAAAUUGUGAGAUUUUAGGUUUUCUUUCUGUUUUUCAGAAGAUUUUACAUUUUAUGGGCUAAAUAUAACGCCUUAUUAACAGUAGAAGGAAGGUCAUGCUAGUUCAACAUCUCAAUGCAAGAUUUAGAAAUCUUCUUUCACUUGACUAGCUCUCUACUUUUUCACCUCCUUGUUUGGUGCUAGGCAACAGAGACAUGAUACGAAAAUUUAGUAGAGUAUUUGUUUUUUCGAUCC